UCUUUCUCUCUUUCUCUCUUUCUCUCGCUCUUUUUCUGCAGUUUGAAAGCAGGUGCCAGCAGUCGGAGACCCUCCCCUGACCCCGCCCCUUUUCUGUACCUCCCCUCCCUCUCGCUCCUCUCUCACUUUUUGGGUUGGACCGCUCCCCUGAUCGCAGCCUAUAUCUCUGCCUUCAGCCCCCCAGUCCCACGCGUGCUAGUGAGCCCUCCCCCUCUCUCCCCCGAGCUCUCCAUUUUUAAAUAAAGGGGGCACUGGAGUUGGUCUUGCUCUUCCCGCGGUGGUGGGGAACUCUCGCUCCUGCUGUGACCCUGACCGGAGGGGCAUCGCUCUUUCCUGCUGUUGUUAGCAAAGAGACAUGAAGUGGGGCUGGGUGCUUUUGGGGGUCCUCCUCUCUUUUGGGGGGCUGUCCUGGGGGUCGGAGAAGGGCCUCGAUUUCCCCGAAUACGAUGGAAAGGACCGCGUCCACGACCUCAACGUCAAGAACUACAAGAACGUGAUGAAGAAGUACGAUGUGAUGGUGGUGUACUACCACGAGCACGUGGGGGAGAGCAGAGCAGCACAGCGGCAGUUUGAGAUGGAGGAGCUGGCUCUGGAGUUUGCUGCCCAGAUCCUGGAGGAUUUUGACGAAGAGGACAUCGGGUUCGGUCUGGUUGAUGAAAAGAAGGACAGUGCUGUAGCAAAGAAACUGGACUUGGACGAGGUGGACAACGUCUACAUCUUCACCGAGGACGAGGUGUUUGAGUACGACGGUGAGCUGGCCGCAGACACGUUGGUGGAGUACAUCUACGAUGUGUUGGAGGAUCCAGUGGAGAUCAUUGAGAAUGACCUGGAGCUCAGAGCCUUUGACAGCAUUGAAGAGGACAUCAAACUCAUCGGCUACUUCAAGAAUGAGAAAUCAGAGCACUUUAAAGAGUAUGAGGAUGCAGCUGAGGAGUUCCACCCUGACAUCAAGUUCUUCGCCACCUUUGACCCGAAGGUUGCCAAGAAACUGGACCUGAAGCUGAACGAGGUGGACUUCUACGAGCCCUUCAUGGACGACCCCGUCGCCAUCCCUGGGAAGCCCUACAGCGAGGAAGAGCUCGUUGACUUCAUCGAGGAUCACGACAGACCGACUCUCAGGAAGCUGGAGCCCCACAACAUGUAUGAGACCUGGGAGGAUGACAUUGAUGGGGAGCACAUCAUCGCCUUUGCUGAGGAGGAUGACCCAGAUGGUUUUGAGUUUCUGGAGGUCCUGAAGGAGGUGGCUCAGGAUAACACAGAUAACCCCAACCUCAGCAUUCUGUGGAUUGACCCGGACGACUUCCCCCUGCUUAUCCCUUACUGGGAGAAGAUCUUCGACAUCGACCUGUCCAGCCCUCAGAUUGGCGUUGUGGAUGUGCACGAUGCUGACAGCGUUUGGAUGGACAUGGACGACGAGGACGACAUGCCCACUGCAGAAGAGCUGGAGGACUGGAUCGAGGACGUGCUCAGGGACAAGAUCGAUCCUGACGAUGACGACGAUGACGAUGACGAUGAUGACGACGAUGAUGAUGAUGACGACGACGACGAUGAUGAUGACGAUGAUGAUGACGAUGACGACGAUGAUGAUGACGAUGACGAUGAUGAUGACGACGAUGAUGACGACGAUGAUGAUGACGACGACGACGACGAUGACGACGACGACGACGAUGAUGACGAUGACGAUGAUGACGACGACGAUGAUGAUGACGACGAUGAUGAUGACGAUGAUGACGACGACGACGAUGAUGAUGAUUAAACUCUUGCUGCCAUCUCUUACUUUGCUUAGCUUUGGCCAGCUCUGGCCAAAGAGCGUCAUAGUGUCAGGCUCUUCGGCAUCAUUGUCUCCACGGCUUCCUCGUCUGCUGCUUCCUCCAGCCGUAUGUCUGCUCUCCUCCACCUGAUUUCACUUUCUGCCCUGAUCAGGCAGAGUCUGUGCCAUCCACACUGCCAGCACUGUGCUCCGCCCCUGCCCCUCCCCCUGUCCCGCCCCCCUGUCCCAC